AACUUUUUCAAUUGGCUUCACCCGCCUCUUCCAUGUCGGUACUUUUUAAAACAUAAAUAAUACUAAUAUAAUAAAAAGUAAUUUAAUUAUAGAAAACACAAAACAUGGCUUCGUCUGAUGUUGCUCGACAGGGGGAGAGAAACACUCGUCCCUUGUCUCUGUCCGGUCACGUCGGCUUUGACAGUUUACCUGAUCAGCUGGUCAAUAAAUCAACCAAUCAGGGCUUCUGCUUUAACAUCCUCUGCAUAGGUGAGACUGGUAUUGGAAAGUCCACUUUGAUGGACACGCUGUUCAACACCAACUUCGAGAACUUUGAGUCGUCUCACUUUGAGCCGCGCGUCAAGCUGCGCGCCCAGACGUACGACCUCCAGGAGAGCAACGUGCGUCUGAAGCUCACCAUUGUCAACACGGUGGGGUUCGGAGAUCAGAUGAACAAACAAGACAGCUACCAACACGUGGUGGAUUACAUCGACACGCAGUUCGAGUCUUACCUGCAAGAAGAGCUGAAGAUCAAACGCUCGCUGCACAACUACCACGACUCACGAAUCCACGCCUGCCUUUACUUCAUCGCCCCGUCCGGACACUCGCUGAAAUCCCUCGACCUCGUCACCAUGAAGAAACUGGACAGCAAGGUGAAUAUAAUCCCAGUGAUCGCAAAGGCGGACACCAUCUCCAAAAGCGAGCUGCACAAGUUUAAGAUCAAGAUCAUGAGCGAGCUGGUGAGCAACGGAGUGCAGAUCUAUCAGUUCCCCACCGACGACGAGACCGUCUCCAAGAUCAACAGCGCCAUGAACGGCCACCUGCCGUUCGCCGUGGUGGGAAGCACAGAGGAGGUGAAGAUCGGGAACAAGAUGGUGAAAGCGAGACAGUACCCCUGGGGUGUGGUCCAAGUGGAGAACGAGAACCACUGUGAUUUUGUGAAGCUGCGCGAGAUGCUGAUCUGCGUAAACAUGGAGGACUUGCGCGAGCAGACGCACACGCGCCACUACGAGCUCUACAGACGCUGCAAGCUGGAGGAGAUGGGCUUUAAGGACACGGACGCCGACAGCAAACCAGUCAGCCUGCAGGAGACGUACGAGGCGAAGCGUCAGGAGUUCCUGCUGGAGCUGCAGCGAAGAGAGGAGGAGAUGAGGCAGAUGUUUGUCCUGCGGGUCAAAGAGAAAGAGACGGAAUUGAAGGAGGCAGAGAGAGAGCUCCAGGGCAAGUUUGAGCAGCUGAAGCGUUUGCACGCUGAUGAGAAGAGCAAGCUGGAUGACAAGAGGAAGGCUCUGGAGGAUGAGAUGAACUCCUUCAGUAAGAAGAAAGCCGCCGCGGAGCUCCUGCAGGGACAAUCGUUCAGCUCCAACUCCAACCUGAAGAAGGACAAAGACCGCAAGAACUCUGGCUUUAUGUGAAGAGGCAGCAUGGGAGACUGAACGCAUUCCACCCUGAACAGAUCUUUCCACAAAUCCUAAAGAGAAAGUGACUAUUAUCCAGCUAAAUUUGUAUCUCUUUAAUGUUUUUAUUAUACAAGUAUAUCAGCAGGACUGCUGUGUGUGUGUGUUUGAGUAUCAUUUGUAUAACUGUAUUUUUUUUUUUAUAUAAAUAUAUAUAUUUUUCUUUCACUUGAUGUUUUAAUGUAGAAUUGAGGAUGUCCACUAGGCGGCGACAAAACUGUAUGUUUUCUAUGUGGGGAACAAAAGUGCCUUUAUAAAAUGUUGUGCCUGUUUGUGCAUCGAAAACCAGCAACAAUUUAUCAGCAGCUGUCAGUUUAUUUUUAAUGCAGAAUUGCACAAUGCGAUGAAACGGUAAGCUGCCAGGAUAAAACUUUGCGUAUAUUUAAAAAAAAAAGAAAAAAAAGUGAUGCAGUAUUGGAAACUAUUUUCUCCUGAAGGUUAAAAAAAAAGACAUGCCACAAGUUUUCUCAAAUCAAUGUCAAUCAUCAAUGUGGCAUUAAUGCUCGGUUCUGUCUUCACCUUGUGCAUGUUUUAUUAUUCAGUAAACCAAUUACAAUUAGACACCUGGUUUCGAACAUUUUUGUGAGCGAAAGAUCACAAUCCCCUCCUUCCACUGUUUUUUUUUUUUUUUGUAUUUGAAGUGUAUUUAUCUAAGCUGUGUAUGGGGUAAAAUUCAUUAAAAGCAUGAAUAAAAUUGAAGUGGAAAUACU